UAACUAGGAAAAGUUGAAACCUAUUUGUAUGGUAUAUCAAAACUUUCGGGCAAUAAAUACGGUAUCGAUGGCUAUAAAGUCGGUGAUUGGGUUGGAAUUGGUUGCAGUCAUGAAAUGGUCUGGGAUUCAUCAGUCCCAGAGCAUGAUGAUAAAAUUGACUCGGUCAACUUCUACAAGGACAAUUUCCUAUUCUUGAAAUCAUUUGGUCCCCAAAAGUAUCAACGUUUUCCCGUAAAAGGCAUAGACUCGCAAGAAACUGAGGUGGGUCCAUUGAUGGACUAUGUGGUCAUAACUAAUUACAUCGUUGGUGCCAAUAACGAAACAGCUGGUGGGUACAGCUGCCAAGUAGAUUACCUUGAUUAUCACGGCAAUCCUGAUCAAAGUUUUCCCGUAAAAGGCGUAGACCCGCAAGAAACUGAGGUGGAACUAUUCAGGGACUAUGUGGUCAUUACUUCCAUCGUUGGUGCCAAUAACGAAACCGCUGGAGGUCAUGAAAUGGCUUGGGAUUCUUCAGUCCCAGAUCAAUUUGAUAAAAUUGUCUUGGUUAACUUCUACAAGGACAAUUUCCUAUUCUUGAAAUCAUUUGGUCCCCGAAAAUAUGAACGCUUUCCCGUAAAAGGCAUAGACUCGCAAGAAACUGAGGUGGGUCUAUUGAUGGACUAUGUGGUCAUUACUAAUUACAUCGUUGGUGCCAAUAACGAAACUGCUGGAGGGUAUAGUUGCCAAGUAGAUUACAUUGAUUAUUAUGGUAAUCCUGAUGAACGCUAUCCCGUAAAAGGCAUAGACGCGCAAGAAACUGAGGUGGGUCCUUUGAUGGACUAUGUGGUCAUAACUAAUUACAUCGCUGGUGCCACUAACGAAUCAGCUGGAGGCAACUUAAAUUAA